UGGAUAUAAAGAAUAUAGGUGAGAAGGUGUAAGUAGUGUGAGAAAAUCAAAUGGCAACAGUCUCUUGUAAGAACGACCCCGAAAUUCAAAUUUAUUGGUGUUAAAUUAAGAUCUCUCUUACAAAUUACUACCCGCGUCCCUGAAUCUCUGAUUCCUUUCUAGUAAUAGUACUACUAUACCAUCAUCAAUCUUUCAAACUUUCAUCCAUACCUCCACGGUAUCUACACCAUCGUCGACGACGACACUUACUGAUGGCUGUUUUGCAGUAAAGGGGGAAAAAUUAUGAAAAGAAAAUGCCAGGAGUCAGAAAAUUCAAAUAGAGGCCAAGUUAGCUACCCCAAAGUACUCAUAGAGAGAGACGCCAUGGUGUCUUCCACUGGGGUUGCUACUGCACAACCUCUUUUUUCUUUUGGAUUGAUUUCUGACGUCCAAUACGCUGACAUUCCCGAUGGUCGCUCAUUCCUUGGUGUUCCACGGUAUUAUCGGCAUAGUAUUCUUGUUCUGCAGAGAGCAGUUAAAGAAUGGAAUACUCAUCAGAAGCAUAAGUUUGUGAUUAAUUUAGGAGAUAUUGUUGAUGGGUUUUGUCCCAAAGAUCAAUCUAUUAAUGCUGUAAAGAAGGUUGUGGAUGAAUUUGAAAUGUUUAGAGGACCUGUGUACCAUAUGAUUGGCAAUCACUGUCUGUACAAUCUUCCUCGAAGCAAGUUACUUCCAUUAUUGAAGAUUCAAACCCUUGAUGGUCAUGCUUACUAUGAUUUCUCACCGGUGCCUGACUAUAGAUUUGUAGUUCUCGAUACCUAUGACAUCAGUGCCAUUGGUUGGCCUCAAGAUCAUCCAAGAGCAUUGGAAGCCAUGCAAUUGCUUAGAGAGAAGAACCCAAAUGAAGAUAAGAACAGUCCAACAAAUUUGGUAGGGGUUGAAAGAAGGUUUCUUAUGUUUAAUGGAGGCGUUGGAAAGGAACAGAUGGAAUGGUUGGAUGGUGUUCUUCAGGAUGCAACCAAAUUGAAACAGAAGGUGGUUGUGUCUAGCCAUCUGCCUCUAGAUCCUUGUGCAGCAACCGAGGAGGCACUAUUGUGGAAUUAUGAUGAAGUGAUGAAUUUGAUACACAAAUACAAUUGUGUUAAGGUCUGUCUUGCUGGACAUGAUCAUAAAGGUGGAUACUCCAUUGAUUCUCAUGGUGUACACCAUAGAGUUCUUGAAGCUGCUCUUGAAUGUCCUCCCGGCACAGAUGCAUUUGGAAGCGUUUAUGUCUAUGAUGACAGAAUAUCACUUGUAGGAAUUGACAGAAUGGCGAGUACAGACAUGUAUUUUAGUCACCAAUAAUUUCAAUUUGUAUGACAUAAAGUGUUGAUGUUUGGAAGACAUUAUUUAAUCAAUAAUUUAUAGAGUACCUAUGAUCUCUAUACAGCAUACUACUCAAAUUUGAACGGCAACAUGCUCCUUCCUUUUGAGAGAGGCAAGAAUGCAACGUGCAGCAUUAUUGGGGUUAGUUACCUAUGUGCUUGGCUAAUUAGUCUUGUAAAACUGUUGCAAUUUGGCUUAAUUGCUUUGCAUAUUUUCACUGAAAACCUUAUAUUGAUCAUGUAACUGUUGUUUACAUAUUCUAGUCACUCAAUCUAAUACAUAUUAGGGGAAUUACAAUCCUUUAAUCUUAUUUGAGAUAAUAAACAUAUUAUGUUGAGGUGCCGAA